AUGGCCUCGUCAGGCGAUGAAACACCAGCGCGACAGACAUGGUCUCGUAGAGGUCGCGGCAGACAGGUAGACCGGCCAUACACAUGGGAUGAGUACAUUCGAUUCGCCUUGAUUGACUCACCGGGUUACCGUCUACAAGGCAGGGGUAUCGGCGACUGGCUGCUCAAGAACAUUCCUGAAUGGUGCACCAAUGAUGCACUGGAGUCACGAAUCAGCAUGACGCUGUCUGCGCACGAUGCCAUGAAAGGUAAGCGUUUGUGGAAUCGGAAGAAGCGUCAGGAUAGCGACAGAGACACGAUCGGUAAAGGCGAUUGGUAUGUUCUCGAAAGACGUCUGGUUGAGGACCAGCCGCGAUGGGACCCGGUGCUUAAGCGGGCGGUGUCUCCUUUUGCGCGGACUCAGG